CUCUCCAAUUAUUCCUGAUCCCUGCAUUACAAUAGGGGAUGCAUCGAACACGCGAGGAGACGAGAGGCGGUCGAUUUGCGAACAUGCGAAGACAUGACUCAAGAACGACGCUCGCGAGACCGAUGCAGAAGGAGAUCUCCGGACAUCCGAAGGUCGAGUCCGUAAUUGCAAAAGGGACGACAGUAAAAACUCUCACGACAGCCAGGGCAAAAGACAUGGGGAAGGUUAAGGAAGAGCUGAAGGCGAUGCUCCCGAUAUUGACGCCUUCAGAAGUGAGAAGUAAAUCAAAGUCUCUUGAGACGCCUCAUUACAUUGCCGCAUUACCUAUCUUCUUCGCUUCGUUCGUUUCGAAGAAAUAUAAAUACGCCAUCAAAAUUCGUCCUUUUGUAAUUGACAUUGAUCCGUCCGCAAGUAGAUUCCAUUUACCAUUUCACGAAGCGAUCGUUGACGAGCUCGAGGAAGGUAACUUCGAAGAAUCAGCCCGCUUUUUAAGGGAAUUAUUCGAGCUUGACGAGGAAAUUCGUAGGAAGGCUGGUCCUGAUACCUUAACGUGGGACAAGCCACGCUUAAAGGACAACAAGAACGCGAUGUUGCGUCUCAAGGAUGGCUUAAUCGCGGUCGAACGGGUUAAAAACGCUGGUGCGUGUGAAAUCACAUUGAAGAGCAUGCUCAUAAUUGUGCGAAAUAAAGCAAAUAAAUGGCUAUAUAUGUUAUAUGAAAAUUCUCUUCUGGACAUAGGAGAUUAUGAAUCCACGGUCGUAGGAUUUCUAAAUCUGGCGUUGUUCUUCCAAGCGAGAACUUGGGAAUGGUGGUGGGUGGCGAAGCGGCUUUAUCAUAGCGCCGUGGAGAACGCUGAAUUAAUUGAGGGUGACGACCAGCGGACGAGCACCUUUGCACGCUACUUGUACGGCCGAUUCCUGUUAGAGCAAAUACAGGACAUAGUGGAAUCAUUGCGUCACUUAAAAAUUGCUCGUGAAGCGUCUGAGUGGAAAUCGUGGAACGCGUCGAAAAUUACCGGCCGGAAGGAAGAAAUUAUCUUUCGAGAAUGCAACGUGCUUCUGUACAAAGCACUGCUGAUGUAUGCGCAACAAGUCGGUCCCGAUCAACCGGAUGUCGCCGUAGAAGCGUACACCGAAGCUCUUGCACGAGCGACGGACUCUGGAUACAACGAGUACAUGGCGAACGUUUUAUACGAGCUGGGAAUGAGUCAGGUACGAUCGGGCGACGCAAAACUCGCAUUCCAGAACUUCUCCAAGUUCCUGGCGAUGGCGAAGAGGAUCUCGGACCCGGAAGGGAUCUGCAACGCGCAUAUGGCGAUGGCACUUACGUACAAGUUAUGUGAAUUAGACGAUGACGUGAACACGGAGAAGCAUCUCCACCUGUUCAUAACAAAUGCAGUUGAGUCCGGACUUACGAGAAAACUCGCACAGGCACACUACUGCAGUGGUGAAUACUUUUUGAAUAAGAGAAAGCCAGAUAUCGCGACCUUCCAUUUGGAAAAGUCUUUCGAGUUGUACAACGAACUCGAUUUAUAUGAUGACGCUGAUAAAGCACGAGUUCUUGUCGGAGCCUCAAAAGGACAACUAAUCAUCGAUCAAUAUAUCCAUCUUGUACAGCAAUGCGGAGACGCCGAUCCGAAAGCGAUAACGGCGAUUUGUGAGUGGAAAAAUCACAGAAGUGCUUUUUGGACUGAAAAAGAAGAGAAGAAGCUACACGCUGGUAGAAUAAUGUUGAAUCAGUCAAUAAAAAUUAAAUUGAAUCCUACAAAAGAAUCAGUCUCUUACAAUUCUUAAAUAUCCUGAUUACUGCGUCUGAUUUACAUUACA